AUGCCUUUUCCCGCUGCAUUUCGCUGUACAGAGCCACCCGAACCUGAAGAAGAAGAACAGCUAGGGCCUCCUGAUGCAGAUUUAGAUGUGAAGGGGCAUGAAGAAGGAGUAGAUGACGAUGAUAAUGGGCAAGGAGAAGAAGAAGAGGAAGAAGAAGAAGAGGAAGAAGAAGAGGAAGGAAGCGGAGAAGACGCUGAACUCCCCAUUGCAACUUCAAAAGGAAAAGAAAGUCCUUUAGAGUCGCCGAGAAUAAACUUCUUAUCUUCCCUUGUCGUUGUACGGAAUAUGAAACAGAUUUCAGUGCAAAAGGGUCCCCGGAAGAGGCCCCAAGGGGGGCCCCCAAAGGGGGCCCCUCAGGAUGGCCCGAGGGGUUUGAAAUCAGGGGAGGAGAAGCAAAAGAGGAAGAAGAGGCAAUGGAUACAGCCGAAGGACAAAAGUUUUGCUCGCAAGACGUUCUUAAAGGUGAGAGACGCAAAGGCUCGGAGUCACUUCUUUAAACUGCAGAAGAAGGCAAAUGCAGCAGGAGCAGCAGGAGCAGCAGGAGCAGCAGGAGGAGGGAAGCAAACAACUGGGGCGACUCCCAUUGCCUCUGCAAACGACAACGACACGUUUUUGUCUCAGUUAAUGAAUCCUUUUGGUGUUCAAGAUGCGAAUAAGGAGAAAGAAAGCGAUAAUGAACAACAAUUUGAUAAUAAGAAGACAGAAAAACACAAAGAAGAUGCGGAGUCAGCGGUAAACUCUCUUGCGAUAGACCCUUCCAAGAAGAAAAACAAAAAAGAAGAAAAAGAAGAAGCAGCAGUAGCAGGAGAUGCUGAUGCAAUGCAUGCAGACGGUAGAAAAGGCAGUUUAAAAGAACAGAAAGGAUAUAUGCCUUUUCUGAAGGCACAGAAGAUGUUUGAAGCAAAGCAAAGAGAAAAAGAAGCGGAGAGAAUAAAAAGGAUGGAAGAGAAGGAAAAAGAAAUGCAAAUGAGAAGACAGAAAAAACGAUUAAAUAAAAUAACAAACAAAAAACUACAAGCAAGAACAAGAAAGGGACAGCCCGUCAUGGGGAAUGUCCUCGACGUUCUUUUGCUUAAAAUGCAGAAAAAUGCACAAAAAUAA